AUGAUUCAAACCAGAAGACUGCUGAAUUUGGCACGAUUGGCUACGCGUACAAUUCAUUCAAGUGCAGUCCAACACGAAGCAGUCGCCAAUGAUCACGCAGCAGCCGCCAACAAGAAUAUAUCUGCUAAAUCGGGUGCUAAUGUCUCCUUCCCUGGUGCACCUCAGUCUGUCUAUACCGAGACAUUAACAUUCUUAAAAUCGUUUCCAACCAUUCCCACUUAUCGUGUUCUGGACUUGGACGGGACGGUGAUGGUGCCUUCUGAAGAGCCAAAGAUCCCAGAUCAGAAACUAGUCCAGAUGUACAAGACCAUGUUAACCAUCAAUGCUCUGGACUUGGUCUUGUAUGAAGCUCAGCGACAAGGUCGGAUAUCCUUCUACAUGACUUCAUAUGGUGAAGAAGCAACUCAUUUAGGAAGUGCUGCUGCUUUAUCGGAUUCUGAUGUCGUGUUUGCACAAUAUCGAGAAAUCGGUGUCCUGCUCCACAGGAACUUCCCGCUCUCAUCCAUAAUGAACCAAUGCUACAGCAACGAUGCGGAUCUGGGCAAGGGACGUCAAAUGCCUGUACAUUAUGGAUCCAAGGAACACUCGUUCCAAACCAUCUCGUCACCACUCGGAACGCAAUUACCGCAAGCCGCUGGUGCUGCAUAUGCUUUGAAACUUAGGAGUCAGAGAUCAAGUGGUGGGAAGGGUGAUGGGAAUGUGGUGAUUUGUUAUUUUGGAGAGGGGGCAGCUAGUGAAGGUGAUUUCCAUGCUGCAUUGAAUUUAGCGGCUGUUACGAGCUCCCCUGUGAUAUUCUUUUGUCGUAAUAAUGGAUAUGCAAUAUCGACACCGUCCAAUGAACAGUAUCGUGGAGACGGUAUUGCAUCUCGUGGUCACGGAUAUGGUAUAGAGACUGUUCGAGUGGAUGGCAAUGACAUACUGGCCGUUUAUAAUGCUGUGAGCGUGUCGAGAAAAAAGGCAUUAGCAGAAGCUAAACCAAUACUAGUUGAAGCUCUAACAUAUCGAGUCAGUCACCACUCAACAUCAGACGACUCAUCGGCAUACCGAUCUAAAAAGGAGGUAUCCGAUUGGCAGCAACAGGAUUCUCCAACUAGUCGGUUUAGGAAGUAUAUGGAGCGUCGUGGGUUGUGGAACGAUGAGAUGGAAAAAUCUCAUAAAAAGACAGCCAGAGCCGACAUUCUGAAAGCCUUCCAAGAUGCCGAAAAAAGAAAGAAGCCUGCAUUGUCAGAGCUGUUUACUGAUGUUUAUGAUGAGAUUCCUUGGCAUCUUAAAGAACAAGAAAAGGAGUUGGCUGAUAUAAUUGCAAAGAGACCUGAACAUUAUGACGUUUCGAACUAUAUUAAGAGUGCUUGA